CCCCCCCCCCCCCCCCUUGACUGCUUUGAUGCAUUAAUAGCAGGACACUGGUUUUCAAGGAACUUUGCUCCCUUCCCAACCUGCCUCCUCCCAGCCCUUUGGGAAGAGUGUGUGUGUGCGUGUGUGUGUGAAAUCGCCGUCCCACCUCCCCAAACCCCCCUGCUCCCCCACGCCUCCCCUUGCAACCUGUAGGCUGUGCAACCCCUGCAGGCUUUUCUCCCUUUCCCCCCUCCUUCCCUCCCCCUCUCUUUUUGCGCUUCCGCGGAUCGCGGUGCGAAUUCCCCCUUUCGAGGCGAGAAAAAGCUGAAAGAAGGAGAAAAAGGAAAAAAAAAAAAAGACAAAAAGCAAACCUAGGCGCCCCCCCUCUCCCAACGCCAAAAGAAAAGCAGGAGGCUCUCGCACCCCGAGAAUAAACCCCAGAGUGGGGCGCCUGCAAGCAGAAGCUGCGCUUUCCGUCCCUUUUCCUUUUUGAAUUUUUUUUUUUUACUAUUUUUUAUUUUUCAUUUUUUUGCCCCCGAAGGGGCAACCGCAAAGCAAGCGCCGCCCGCCCCCCGCCGGCGGCAGCCCCCCGCGCCCCGUCCCGCAGCAUCCCCGCCGCGAUGCUGCUGCGGCUCCUGGUGCUGCUGGGCGCCUGCCCGGGGCUGUCGCGGUGCCUGGGCUCCUUCGUGCAGUGCGAGCCCUGCGACGGCAAGGCGCUGUCGCUCUGCCCGCCGCCGCCGCUGGGCUGCGAGCUGGUGAAGGAGCCGGGCUGCGGCUGCUGCCUCACCUGCGCCCUGCCCGCCGGCCAGCCCUGCGGCGUCUACACCGAGCGCUGCGCCCGCGGGCUCCGCUGCCUCCCGCGCCAGGGCGAGGAGAAGCCGCUGCACGCCCUGCUCCACGGCACCGCCGUCUGCCUCAGCGAGAAGAGCUACCGCGAGCAAGCCAAGGCCGAACGGGAGUCCCGAGAGCAUGAGGAGCCGACCACGUCAGAGAUGACAGAGGAGACCUACCCACCCAAGGCCUACCGACCCAAGCAUGGGCGCCUCUCCGAGCUCAAGGCUGAGGCCCUGAAGAAGGACCGCCGGAAGAAGCUGACCCUAGCCAAGUUUGUGGGCAUGGCGGAGAACACAGCACACCCCCGCGUUGUCAUCCCUGAGCUCCGGCAAGAGUUUGAGCUGGGCCCCUGCCGCAGGCACAUGGAGGCAUCCCUGCAGGAGCUCAAGAGCAGCCAGCGGAUGGUCCCCCGCGCUGUCCACCUGCCCAACUGUGACCGAAAAGGAUUCUACAAGAGGAAGCAGUGCAAGCCCUCCCGAGGCCGGAAGCGUGGGUUGUGUUGGUGCGUGGACAAAUACGGCAUGAAGCUGCCGGGGACUGACUACCUGAGCGGAGACCUGCAGUGCCACGCAUUCGACAGCAGCAACGUGGAGUGAAGUCGCAUCCCCUCCCUCCAUCCCAUCACUACCUACCCAGGUUCCCUUCCACCCUCCCCUCCGCACCUCCCUGUGCCCCGGGACUCCGAUUCCUUUCAUCUCAUGUAAGAAGAAAAAAAGAAGGGAAAAGAAAAAAGAGAAAGGAAGGAAAAGAAAAAAGAGAAAGGAAGGAAAAGAAAAAAGAGAAAGGAAGGAAAAGGAAAAGAAGAGAAAGGGAAAGAAAGAAGUAAAGAAAGGAAAAGAAAAAAGACAAAGGAAAAGACAAAGGAAAAGAAAAGGAAAAGGAAAGAAAAGAAAGGAAAAGGAAAGAAAGGAAAAGAAAAGAGAAAAAAAGAAAAGAAAAAAGAAAAAAAGAAAAGA